AGGGCCGGUCUGUAACUGUGGGCAGGCCGGAUGUUGCCCCCAGGCCCAAUUUUGCUUUUCUGGCUGAACUAAACUUCGCAAUUAAACCUGUCAAGUGAUUCAUUCAAAAUAGCACCGUGGUUGUAUUUGGAAGUAAAAGUGAAGCUUCACAACCACAUUCCCUCUCUCUCUCUGGUUUAGUAUGUGUGCGCGUCCUGCAUGUGUGUUGGAAUUUCCCGUAAAGCCUUGUGAGCGAGCCUGCCCGGUAAAUGACUUUGUCACACCGGAAGCGCCCUUAUAAGGGCACCGGAAAACAAAAAGGCGGGACUAGGAGGGGUGUCACAAGACAAACAGCCAGUCAACAAGAUAGCACUGGCAGCCGUUUUCUUUUGCAUGAGUACGACUCAUGCAAUCGUCCUCGCAAUCAUGUGCAAUAGCUACAUUAGCGCUAAGUCAGGUUAGCAUUGUUGUUUCGCCACCACCGUCUCGAACUCCGCCUCUUGUAAGCGCAGGGAGGAGAAGAAGGGGGGCGCAGGGGAGUGAGGUCAGCAGCCGCCUAGCAUGAGUCAACCUCGGGCAAAGCACCGCAGCAGUCAUCGCCGCCGCGGUUCUGCACGGUGCGGACGGACUGAACAACUGUCACCGUCGUCCGCAGCCCGAGUUUCGUAACAAAAACACGGUGUCACCUGUGAAUGAGGGGGAGAAAAAAUCAUCAGCCUUGAAAGAGGAAUACAUUUUGAUGCCGGUGUAGUUCAGACUUGCACUUAAGUGACUUGAGCAAUUAGUGGGACCGAAGAGUUUUUCCCGACGCCGGCUUUUUAAUGCUGACCAUGAGCGUGCCGGCCCAGCAGAAACCUGGCGCAAAACGAACGGGCAAACGAAUCACGUUUUUUUCUGAUCCCGCUGGAGUCAUGAAGGAGAGCGGCCAGCGUACCGAAGGGUCCUACUAUGUCCAGGAUGGGGAGGAGCCCGAGAAAACGGUGGCAGUGAGCGACGCGGCGUCCAAUCCAGAGGGCCAUCGUGUGUACCUCAACUCGGUUAUCUUCAGCCCUGACAAGGGUGACCAGAACAGGGGUCACUAUCAGCAGACGGUACCUAUGAAGUGGGCCCACCAGGAGUCCGGUCAGCCGCAACUUAGAGCCGCCACUUGGACCAGCGUGGCCAACUGGGGACAGAACUUUGCCAACUACUUGACCGACUCGGGGAACCAGACAGCCUUCGUAAAAGACAAGGCCGGAGACGAGCAGCCGGCAGGACCCGACCCGACGCCGGACUUCUACCGAGACGCCGUGAAGGCAAGGGGCCUCGGUUGGAACCAGCAGCAGUCCUUUCAGGAGACCCUGAAACCUGGAGCGCUGAACCCCCAGCCGAACAGCGCGUCCCACCCGGUGGGGAGCUCCGUCUUGCAGCCCUUUCAGCUGGCCUUCGGGCAGCCCCGGCAGCACCUGCCCGCCUACUACCAAAGCUACCAAGGCAACGCCAGGUUGCCCAACCCGCCCAACUACUCCACACAGGCCAAGUUCCCCCGGCUACAGCAGCAGAACCUCAUCCAGCAACAACUUCAGCAGCAGCAGCAGCAGCUCCAAAUGCAACAUCAGCAGUUGCAACAACAAAGCCAGCAUGUGCUCGACUACUACCCGCCCAACGUGCACUCCCACCCGCAGUUCGCACACUCCCAGGAGCCGUCGUUGGCGGCCGCUCCCCCCCAAAUCCAGGACUCUCUCAUCCAGGACAUCACCCCAGAGCCACACCCAUCAGACCCGCCGUCGCUUCCCUCCUUUCUGCCCGAUCCAUUACCCCAGACGCAGAACCUCCGGAGGUCGCGGCGCCUCUCCAAGGAAGGCGGCGCACCGUCGGAUGACAACCCCUUCCCAGGCGACCCGGCGCUGCAAGACCUCCAGAACGGGACACGCGGCGACACCGACAUCUUGGCGGCCCCAACAGGGGUCAUCCAGAGCACGCCGCGGCGGAAGCGCAGGGUGUCGCAGGAAGUCAACUUGGAAACGCUUGCACAGAAGGCCUCAGAGAUGGAGACGCUGCCAUCACAGGACAUCAAGGAGGCGCACAAACCCUGGGGUCCCACCCAGCCGGGCAUGAAGCGGCCGCGAGACGACGGCCUGCUCCCGCUCGUUAUCCCCGUGUCGGUGCCGGUGCGCCGACUGGAGUUGGCGCCGUGCGUCGAGGAUGCGGCGCAGACGUCCAACCGGCCACCGCCGUCCAGGCCCCCCAACCCGCUGGAGAGCGCCGGCGCCGAGCGCAAGCCGUCCGUCAUCGUCACUCGUCGCCGCUCGCUGAGGAGCUCGCUGACUGAGGGCUCGGAGCAGAACGGCGAGGGCGCGCGAGCAGACGAUGACGUGAAAAAGCUGAAGCGGCGCCCCCGGCCCGAGCCCCUCUUCAUCCCACCGCCCAAGCCGGGCGCCUUCAUGGCGCCGCCUGCCAUCUACUCGGCUGUCACGCCGUACCACAGCCACCUGCGCUCGCCCGUCCGCCUGGCCGAUAACCCGCUGGCCGUGCCGCCCUACACGCCGCCGCCUAUCCUCAGUCCUGUGCGUGAGGGCACUGGCCUCUACUUCUCUACGUUCCUGGCGGCAGCGGCACCACCGUCCGCCACGCCCAAGUCGGCCACCCGCAGCCUGCUCUGCUCAGGUAGCUACGACAUGACUCCUCCAGUUCUGUCCGCAGUGAGUGAGGCCACUCCAGUCAGCAUUGAGCCACGGAUCAAUCUGGGCUCACGGUACCAAGCAGAGGUGCCGGAUCUGAGGCCACGCUCCCUGGUGGAGCUGGACCCUCACAGAGCCGAGCUGCUCUGGGCCCCGCUGACCCAGCUGGAGGACAAGCCUGACUACCACAAAAGAGUGAAAGACCUGAUGCACCUGGCAUGUUCCAGCGCUUUGUACGGAGGAGGCUGCAACCAGGAGCUGGCCCACCAUUGUCUGCACCGCUGCAGCGGCGACAUCAUGGCAGCUUUAUCACUGCUCAUGCUCAGCGAUCCCGUCUUUCCCAAGUCCCAUCCGUUGUCCGACUACCACUACCCAGGCUCCGACAAGUGGUCUGCGGCCGAGCGACGUCAGUUCAACAAAGGCAUGGCCACCUGCAAGAAGGAUUUCUUCAUGGUGCAAAAGCAGGUGAGCACCAAGACGGUAGGGCAGUGCGUGGAGUUUUACUACGCGUACAAAAAGCACAUCAAGGUGGGCCGCAACGGGACACUCGUCUACGGCGAGGCGUCGCCUCCGGACGGCGCGGCGACCGAAGAAGGCGAGACCAACCCAAAUAAGGCCUCUCAGCGGCGGGAGGAGGACAGCAAGAUGUGGGAAGGCUCAGCCGACAGGAAGCAGGAUGUCGGCCCCGUUGGGGCGGCCGAGAACACCACCAGCGUCCUGAUCAUGAGGGCCCAGGAGGACGUCGUGGCCAGGGAUCGACCGCUACCGCCUCCCCCUCCCCAUGCUAUCGGCCCCCCAACAAGGACCAGCACCCCAACGGGCAACAAGGGUGUCGGCGGCCCCGAGGGAGAGUUCCCCUGCAAGAAAUGUGGCAGGGUGUUUUACAAGGUGAAGAGCCGUAGCGCUCACAUGAAGAGCCACGCCGAGCAGGAAAAGAAGGCCGCCGCCCUGCGCCAGAAGGAGGCAGAGGAGCGCGCCCGCGCCACCCAGGCUGCCGCCCAGGCCGCCGCUUUCAUGGCCGCCCGGCAGCAGAACGGCACGCGGCAGGCAGGCGGCGACAGCGAUGAUGAGGACGACGUCACGUCCGACAGUGAGGACGACGACGAUGACGACUGGCAGUGACGCACUUCAAUGCAGCCGCACCUUCAGGGACGUGUGCGGGUUCUCUAAGCUCUACAACCUCCAAUCAAAAGCCACGCUACUUUUAUAUAUAUAUAUAUAUGUGUGUAUAUAUAUAUAUAUAUAUAUAUAUAUAUAUAUAUAUAUAUACACACACACAUAUAUAUACACACACACACACAUAUAUAUAUAUAUAUACACAUACAUACAUACAUACAUACAUACAUACAUACGCACAUGCACGCACGCCUGCAGCGAUCACCAGGCUUUUGCCCCUUCCCGCCUUUCCAGGGCCUUUGACCUUUUUACAGGAAGGUGGCGCCCCUGUUGCACUCUAGCGUUUUGGAAGAGUUAAUGCUUUUUUGACAAUCAAAAAAAAAAGAAUUAUAACACUGUACAUAUCCAGGGUAUUGUAAUUCCUUCUGUCCUGUGUGGCUACUUUGUGGUUCCUGUUGUGUUUAUUACUCUUGUUCAUAGUUUUUGUGAUAUAUCUUGAGUGUGUUCAGUUUCCUGUUAUUUCUAAUUUAUUUCAGCCAAUCGGAUGGCUGCCUGUCGGUUACUGUGAAGGAUUCAAAGGGCAGGCCUGCAAUAGACUGAGCACCACACACACACAAAACACUUUUCACUGGGGCUUUUACCACAUGUGAGGACUGUUGGAAGCUUCUCUACCCCAACCAGGAGACCUCCUCCUGGUGUAGGGACUCAAGGCGACCCCCCCCCCCCCAACUGAUAUUUAUGUAGUUUAUGGUAUUUAAAUUUGCCUGGUUCAUUGCUAUGCUAUUUAUUUAGUGUGCAAGUUGACGGCGGUCAAGGCCAUCGCGAUCUACCCCAGCCAAGAGGCCUCUUCUUGGGCUCAAGCAUCGCUGAUUCCCCCUUCCUUGUUAUUGAUUCAUUUUACAUGUGGUUUUAUACUUGGCAUACUCUGCUGUGCGCACGAACACACACACACACGUACGCACACAUUCUACAUCCAUUUCACUGUUAGGAGGGUGGAUGUUUUCGCUUAGUCUCAAGGGUCCCAGUUUCUGGUCUGUUGCUAUGGCGACAGUCACAGAAUUAUUUUUUCUCUCUCAAAGGCCUAUGAAGAGGUCUUGAAACCGUUAAAUCGUAGAAGAUGUCCUUGAGUCUAUGCAUCGACUGAGUGUGUGUGUGUUAAUGAUGAAAAACAAAGCAAAAUGCAAGACUGUUCCUGUUUGAUAUGUGUAAUUUAUAUUCACUUUUGGGGGGGGGACUGCUGUUCUUGCAGGAGAAAAAAUGAAAUGUAAAAAUAUAUUUAGCUAAUAUAUAUAUAAAGGGUAUGUGAGUGAGGGUCUUAGUUUGCAAACUUUCUAUGCUAUUUUCCUAGGUGGUUCACACUAAUGAUUGGGGAAAAAAAGAAAUCACGGCUGCGACCGUGUAACUUAUUUGUUUCUGUUUUCUACCACAUUUUUGGCAAAGGGUUUAUGAAGCACUGUUUAUUAAACUUUUACGAUGUUCCUUAAA